AUAGCCAUGCUGUGCAUGAGUGGCUACCUGAUCUGGAGAAACUGGAAGCGGAAGAACACCAAAAGCAUGAAUUUCGACAACCCGGUGUACAGGAAAACAACGGAAGAAGAGGACGAAGAUGAGCUCCACAUAGGGAGGACUGCUCAGAUUGGCCAUGUCUAUCCUGCAGCAAUCAGCAGCUUUGAUCACCCACUGUGGGCAGAGCCCUGUCUUGGGGAGACCAGAGAACUGGAAGACCCAGCCCCUGCCCUCAAGGAGCUUUUUGUCUUGCCGGGGGAACCAAGGUCACAGCCGCACCAACUCCCGAAGAACCCUCUUUCCGAGCUGCCUGUCGUCAAGUGCAAGCGAGUGGCAUUAAGCCUUGAAGAUGAUGGACUGCCCUGAGGAUGGGACCACUCCCUUCGUGCCUCAUGGAAUUCAGUCCCAUGCACUACACUCUCUGGAUGGUGUAUGCCUGGAUGAAGGGGUUUCUGUGUAUGGGUGGGUGUGUGUGUGUGUGUGUGUGUGUGAGAUUUCUUUUUAAUUUAUGUUGCGGAAAGGUAACCACAAAGUUGUGAUGAACUGCAAACAUCCAAAGGAUGUGAGAGUUUUUAUAUGUAUAAUGUUUUAUACACUUUUUAACUGGUUGCACUACCCAUGAGGAUUUCAUGGAAUGGCUACUGCUGAGUGACUAACAUGAUGUACAUAACCAAAUGGGGCUGAUGGUACAGUAGCUUACUCAUCAUUUUAAAACUAUAUUUACAGAGAGUAUUUGGUUUGGGGGGAGCUUUUUUAGAUUUUGCAGUUUUGGGUUUGAUUUUUUUUUUUUUUUUAGUAUAUAAAAUGAUUAUGCUUUGUGGCUAUCCAUCAACAUAAGUGAAAAAAAGGAGAAAACACUUCAACUCCCUCCCCCACUUAGAUUAUUUAUUAACAUAUUUCAAAAAAUAAGAUUAGUCCUAUAAAUAAUUUAGAGACACAAGAGUAUUUAUUUUUGGUAUGAUUGGCCCACCAUGCAGACUCUGUGUGCGUUUACGUUUCUAUGUGUAUGUGUGUGAGAGAGACAGAUCUGUAGAGAAGAGGCGCACCUGGGGCUGUUCGAAUCCAUACAGAGAAGAACAUGGGGAAACAGUCCAUGGAGGGGUAUCUGUAGUUUUCAGAGAAGCCUUUGGAAAUUUGGCUCAAAAAAAAUGGGUGCCGUGGUUUGUGUAAACACAUAGUGGAAGAGGCAGAUCUUUUCCACCUCUGGGAACUCCUGGGAUCCUAGUCCAUCAGGCAUAGCCUUUCAGUUCCCCUAUGGCUGCUGGGACUCCCACUCGGGCUUUCUCUUCUGUGGCUGGGGCCAGUGCACAGACUUCACACGGUGCCAGAAGUUCUUGUGAGCUCAGGCGAGAAUACGCCCGAACCUCGGCUCCUUGUUUUAAAGUUCGGCAUUUCAAGUAACUUCCUUUUCCUUCAGGAUGCUUGGGUUGAAUUCAUUAUGUUUCCUCUGAAGCACUCCUAGGGUGCCAUCCUUACUCGUGGAGAGCUAAGUGGAGACAUUUCUAGAACAGCCCAAGUUUCCUGUAGAGACUGGCUCAGGCACUGAACCUCUGAGAUUGGCAGUGGGUGAGGAUAAGGACAGUGGAAUAGGUUCUGUUAUAUCUCUAUUUCUCCCUUUCCCUUUCCCUUCCUCUCUGCCAUUUCCUGUAAGUGGGGGAAACAACAUAGGCUUGCUACCAUCAUGUGUUCAUUUAGAUGAAAGUAGCUUUUGGCUGAAGUCAGAGAAAGUGGCCAAACUUGAAGUCCUACAAGGGGGAAAUGGCAUAUACAACAUUAUCGUAUAUUGGAUAUAUAUGUUCACACAGGGAUUUGGUUUACUACUUUGUAAAUAAAAGGAAAAACUCUGGGUAUAUGUAUAGAUUUUUUUUUCAUUAUGGACACUUUUCUUUGUUUUUCCUGGGCGUUGGGAGAGGUGGGAGAAGUGCUCUUUUCUCUUUGUGGGGUCUGCCAUUGAAAACAUACUCCUACCAUCCCAGACGGAAUUCUGUCCCCACCAGCUCUCUCUUCCAAGAUCUGAUCUUUUCUUAACUCUGCUGUUCUGCCACUUCACUCCCACCAGACAGCCAGGGACAAGACAUGUGAACAAACUGAACAAAUUCUGACACCCCUCCCCUCAGCAGCCCCCAACUCAGUGAAGCUUGGAUAUCUCACCAGCUUGAUAUCCUUCGCAUUUCCAGGCAGGCAUUCGGGAGUUCUAUAACCCUGCUCCUAGAACCUUUCUUCACGUCACUCAUGAUCUCCUCACUUCCGAGAAAAACAACUGUGUUCUGGAGCCUUGGCCCUAUGCUCUGCAUAAACAAGCAAUUUCCUCACGAUAUGCAUGUGUUGUAGUCCUGAAACAUUCAUUGAGAGGCAAUUGACCUAAAGACCAAUACCAAAUAGGAUUUUAAGAACAGGUGGCCAACUCCUAUGGAGCUUAAUCACUUACUACUAUUCUUUCAAGAAUGGAAAGUAAAAUUAUUUUUGACUGGAGAAAAAUGACAAAAACAUUGAGAUUUACACGAAACAAGCAACUUUUUCUAUGACCCGUCUCAAAGAAAUAGAAUUCCCUGGGGAAAUGAGAACGGUGACUAAUGUGUAGUUUCUAAACUGUCAGUCAGAUCCUGCCCUUCCCAGAAAAAAACAAAACAAAAAAAAUGGAGUCAGGAUGGUUCAGCCUGAGAUCUCAAAAGGAUGAUGAGACACAACUUUCUCAGAGACAUCCAUGUUUCCUGAAUAUGCUACAGCUGCAGUUUGGAAGAGGCGGCUACGGAAGCAAGCUACGGAAGACCAACUGCAGAGUCCUCACGUGUCCGAUGGUAGUCAAUAAGAUGAAAUCUGAGGAGGCCAGGUCCAUCCUCCCUCUCUAGUCUUGGAGGCUUCUGAACCUCAUUUUGAGGUAUAAUUGCAUUUCUGUUGCCUUUUGCCCCUGUGCUGUCAUAUACCUACAGCCAAUAACAGAUCAUAGAGUCAUCGGACUGUAGAGCCAGAAGGAAACCUAGACAUGAGGCCAGGAGGGUAGAAGAUUUAUCAGACAUUUUUUUUCUCUGUUUAAAAGAAACUGGUCCCAGACCUUUUCUUUCCUUUCCUUCUCUAGGAGACUACUUUGGGCUGCCUGAACAUUGUACCAAACCUGCUAUCUACUGGCCUAUCUUUCCAGUGGAAUUAUGAAGACGCUGGUAGAAAUAGCCUCCCAGAAACAGAAAACUAAAAUUUUAUUUAUUUACUCUUGAUAGCCUGAUUAUUUAUAAAAUAGUUUGAGGUAACCUUUAACCUCAAGAUGAGAUCGGAAUUAAAUUUAUGGCAAUAAGUACUAUGAUCCUUCCAAUUUUCUCUGUGAUUGCAGUAUAUCCAUUCACUGAAACCAUUUGCCAGGUACCAACUAAGUGCCGGGCACUGCAGAUGGACGGGUCACUCAAGUGUUUUCUGUCCUUACAGAGUUCACUAACAGUAGAGGAGGACCUGUGGAAACAAAAAAGGAAUAGAUUCUUUUCAGAGUACUCUUAAGGCACAAAGGAGAGAGAGGUCAUUUCUACAUAAGGAGAUAAUGAAUGGGGUCAAGAAAGGCAUUGUGGAAGUGACCUUAUACUAAGUCUUGAAAACUAAGUCGGGGUGUCCGGGCUGCCCCAGGCAGAGGAGGACACGGAGACAUGAAACAGCAUGGGGACUGGAAGGAACUGCAUGUAAUUCAUUGUAAUGAGCAAAAGGCUCAAGGGGGACUUAGCAAGAAAUGAGGCUGAAUGGAAAGACAGGUUCAAUGUAAGCACUUUAUAGAAUACUUAUGUUUAAUUUCUGAUUCAAUUAUGCAAACAUUUCUUAGUCAUUUAUUGUGUACGAGGCACCAAGGGCAUCAUGGAGAGUUCAUCAGGAUGCAUCGCCAGCACUUUGCAGACAUGACAGUCUUUAGCCUCCAGCUUUCCAGUGGCCAAAGGGAAAUAGUGACUGUGUUUCAUAUGUUUGAGUUGACCCUUUUUUGAAUAUAAGGGUAAUGGGAUUUUCACAGAAGCACUCCAUGUUGUCAAGAGCCUCUGCGAUUUUCUCAACACCGAGAAAACGAAAUUUUGGAGAUGGGUAGUCUGCAGAGGGAACCCCAAGCACUGUCUAGUCAGGUGCUGGUGGGAGUUGGGAGAGAGCACAGGAAUGUGAGCCUCAUUCCUCUCCCUAACUCCAGCCGUACUAUUUCACAGAAUAUUAAUGAGUUAGGAAUGAAAACAUUCAGAGUAAAUAACUUCCUUUCCCAUCAAUGCAUGAAGAUAGGAGUAUCGGAGUCUUCUCACACUGUAUUUUUAAGGUAUUGGGGAUUUUCAGGAUACAGAGAACUUAGAGGUGGAGGAAUUACAGCUUCAAAUUUUCAGUUAAUAUAAGAAAUCAGGAAGCUCUGUUCAUUCAGGCUAUGCACCAUGUGCAUAGUCAAGAAUCAGCAGAAACCCUCUGCAUUUGCAAACACUUUGUGCUAUAAAAAGUAAUUUUAAAAAAGCCACCUGUAUAUGUAUAUAUAUAUUUAAAAACAUGAAGGUUUUGAUACUUUUUUACAAAAACUACAAGAGAAAACAUACCUGUACGAACCAUGUGUUUUAAAGUAGCAUUUUGUUCUCUACAGCUGUUGUUCAUUUGGGGGUGAAGUACUGGUUUGCAGACUCCAUCACAUUGUACCCAAAUGAAUUUUCCUUGUUUGUCUUCCCCCCAACACCCUCAAAUGACCAUAUUUGAUGUAACAGGCAUGUUAGAAUGUUGGGUCACACUAACGGUUUCUGCUCUUUUUGUCUUGUCAUUCCGAGUUUCAUUAGCUUCUGUACUCAGUGCCCUUUGCAGUCUGGUUUUUGUUCCAGAAGCAGAGGGUGGCGUGCUGCAUCUCACUAGCUAUACUGACAUCAUCUUGGUGAACGAAAAACCAAACGUGAACAUUUGUAAAAUCAGUGCACUGUUUCUAGAGAGAGAUUAAAUUCAUUUUUUAAAAUCUGAA